UUGAUAUGUCAGUAAUUUGGGAUAUAUACUUACUAACAUAAAAUGGGACCAUAAUUAUUUGUUACUUAUAUCAUAGCAUAUUCAAUUACAACUACAGAAAUAUAACAGUUUUACAAAUAUUUCUUCUGAAAUAUGCGGAGAUUUGAAACAGUGUGAGGUCUUUGUUGUCCAUCAUCGAAACUAGCUGAAGUAACUCAGCGAUAGCUACCUGCACUAGUUUCUGCAAACCUGUAUCAGCGGACCUGUACAAUGAGUUGUAGCUCCCCGUAAAGCCACUUUACACGAAUGUGUAGGGUUUGUUUUAUACCACAUAUCUCUCUACUGUGAGUUUUAUAAUACAGGAACACCGCGGCAGCUCAGGAUAAGCUUGUUUUAACCCCUAAACGUUAAAUUAUUAGCAUCCAAAUAGUUAUGGCCAAACAUGCGGUGCUUUCAUCGGGUGCAAAACUGUGGAGAUCUCUGGCCUGUGCAAACUCAGAGCUACGUCUAGAUCUCACUCUUGCCUGUGGACAAUCUUUCCGCUGGAGAGAAACUGCAGAAGGCCACUGGACUGGAGUGAUUGGAGGGCGAGUGUGGACUCUGACCCAGACAGAUGACACCCUGUGGUAUUACGUUUAUAAAAAGCAAGACAUGCGGAAGGAGGGAAGAGACGAGAAGAGGAAAGCUGGUAUCUCUCUUCAAGAGGAAAACGAGUCAGAGAAGAAAUUUGAAGGGCCUCUGAAGAAGGAAGAUGAGGAGCCAGUAGCCGUGACAUCAGUGCUGGACACUGAGGAGGAAGACAAGAUGCUGAGAGAUUACUUCCAGCUGAAUGUGAAGCUGGUGGAUCUGUAUAUGGCCUGGGGAGCAGCAGACCCCCACUUCAAGUCCAUUGCAGACAUAUUCACAGGUGUGCGAAUGUUGCGCCAGGAUCCCACUGAAUGCCUGUUCUCCUUGAUUUGCACCUCCAACAACAACAUAACCCGUAUCCAGGGCAUGGUGGAGAGACUGUGUCAGGCUAUGGGCACUCCACUGUUCCAGCUGGAUGAAACCUCAUACUACGACUUCCCUUCCCUGUCUGCACUUGCAGAUAGCAGUGUAGAAGAACGUCUCAGGGAUCUUGGUUUUGGAUACAGGGCUCGGUUCCUGCACCAGAGCGCACAGAAGAUUCUGAACACCCAUGGGCCUCAGUGGCUGGAGGGUCUACGCAGUGUGCCAUAUCUGCAGGCCCAUAAUGCUCUGCGUACUCUCCCUGGUGUGGGUACCAAGGUGGCAGAUUGUGUAUGUCUGAUGUCCUUGGAUAAGGCAGAGGCCGUGCCCAUUGACACACACGUGUGGCAGAUUGCUAAGCGUGACUACAAAUAUGCUACGGUCAACAGACAAAAAAGCAUCACAGAUAAAAUUCACCGGGAACUUGGUGAUUUUUUCAGAAAAUUGUGGGGUCCUUAUGCUGGUUGGGCACAGGCAGUGUUGUUCUGUGCUGAGCUCAGGAAGUUCCAGAAGUUAAAACAAAUGCCGCAUCUGAAGCAGCCAAAGAAAGAGGAAGAGAAUGAAGAUGAAAUGACAGUAGUGUGCAAGAAAGUAAAAAAUUAAGAUAAAAGAAAAUGGAGCUGUGAAGCACACAAAAACAAGUCAGCAUGUCGCAGUAAAGCAAAGGAGUAAAGGAUGAGACGGUGGUAUGAGGUAAACAAACUUAAUAAAUCAGGAUUCACAUUAGUUUACAGUGUCACUAUUUCAGCAGUAAAAUGAAAUUUAUAAAAGAUUUGUUUUUCAGGAACAUGGUAUGAAAUAGAUUGGUGGGUGUAAAAGGCUUCUCAAGUUUUCUGUUACAUGUUUUUAUAUUUUAUUGUAACUACUUUUAUAUCUAAUUUUCCACAAGUUCACUACUACAAAUGCAGCACAGUAGUGUUUUUAACAACAAAGACAAAAUACACUGUGAGAUAUUUAUUACUACAGUCAUCAAUACAGAGGUAUCCUCAAUCCCAGCAAAACCAUCACUGCCAUAUUAGUAGUUUCUUCUGUUAAAUUUUGCCAGAAUUCACCCCCAGGUGGCAGUGAGCAUUACCCAGGAUUUGUUUUUUUACUUUUGAGAGCAAGUUGCACUGUGUCCCUGGAUGAGCACCUGGACCCCUGGUUGUUCUUACACCAAAACAUCAUCACAUAUGUGCAUAUCUGAAAAGUGCAUAAGAUGCAAAAUAGUGUUUCUUCCAUGCAUUUUCUAUGCAGCCUGUUGGAUCAUAAAAAGCUGUGCCAUGACAUUAGUUGACUGUGUCAGCUGGUGUUUUUAUAGCAGGGACUGCAGUUAUCUGCUAUCACUCCUUGGGGCUAGUGUGACUGUCACUGGUUAUGGCAGUGGCCAAGCAAUAUUUUAAGUUUGUUUAAAGUAUAAAGAGA